UCUACCACAGACCUCGAUACAGUCUAUCACAGACCUCGAUACAGUCUAUUACAGACCUCGAUACAGUCUACUACAGACAGCUACAGACUUCUAAAGUCCGGUGUACGGUUGAUUCUACAUUGUCCUUGUUACCUGGAUCAAUGGCCCAAACAAACAGCCCAACACCCAGACAGGAGUCUGCAAUGACUCCUGACAAUGGGGAUGAAACAGACCUCGACUUGUACUUUGAGCAAAUCGGGGAUCUGCGACGUCAACUAAAAUCACUGCAGAAGCAGAACAAAGGGCUUGUCUCUAAAAGGGACAAGCUCUACAGAGACUACGGCUCCAUCAAGUGGGAGCAUGACAGGCUGAAGGAACUGCUGCAGAAGCAGGAAAACACCAAAGCCAAUGAGAUGAAGGAUGAGUCCUCUUCAAAGAGUCCCAACAAGAUGUUGGACAAGCUCCAGCUACAGGUCAAUGACCUGAAGAAGGAACUCAGCCACAGAGACCAAGAAAUCCAGCAGCUCCAGAAGGAGAGGGAGAGUUUCUCUGCAAGCCUCAGUGACAACAAAGAGCUGCUGACUCAGAGAAAAAAGAUGGAGGAAGAGAAGGAAGCUCUGGAAGAGCUGAAGAACCAGCUGGAAGAAGAGAAGACAGAACUGAAAGAGCUAAAGGAAAAGAGAGAACUGCUUUCUAGUGAAGCAGACAAGAAGGACAAACAACAUAAAGGUCCAGCAGAGAGGAACAAACAAAUGAAGAAAAAUAAAAAGCUCGAAGACAAGAAUAAAGAACUGGAGGAGAAAAUUAGAAAGCUGGAGGAGACUACCCAAGAAAUGGAGACAAAAAGUGCAGAACUGAGGAAGUCAAAUCUUCAGUUGGAGCAAGGGAUAAAAGACUUGGAUUCCAAAACCUUAUGUCUGGAGGACAUUAAGAGAGAAAUGGUGAAGACAAGUCAAGAACUGAAAGACAAGAAUAAAGACCUGAAGCAAGAACAGAGAGAACUACAGGAGAGCAUUAAACAUCUGGACGAGACUAAGAGUCAAAUAAAGACAGAGAGUGAAAUACUGACAUCACGGAAUAAAGUCUUGGAGCAGGAGAAGAAGAAUCUGGAGCAGACAAAUAAAGACCUGGAGGGAAAUAAAAAGAUAGUGGGGAAAGGUGAAGAACUGAGAAAUAAGUUAAAAGACUUAAUAACAGGCAAGAAAGAGCUGAAGGAGAGAAAUAAAGAACUGGUGGAGCACAAGAGAGAAAUGGAGGAGAAAACCAAAGAACUGGAGGAGCAGAAAAGAAGAAUGGACGAUAGAAAGAAAGAACUGGAGGAGCGGGAGAGAGGAAUGGAAGAGAGCCAAAAGGAACUGGAGGAAAGAAAGAACAAAAUGCAUGAGACAAGUAAAACACUGAAAGAAGAGAACAGUGAUUUGGAACAGGAGAAAAAAGACCUGGAGGAGAAAAAUAAAGAUCUGGAGGAGAAAACGAAAGAAAUCCAGGAGAAAAAAGAAGAACUGAGGGAGAAGAAUGAAGCUUUAGAGCAAGAGAAGAAAGAACUGGAGGACAGGAAUCAAGAAAUGGAGGAGAAAAUUAAAGACCUGAACCAAAGAAAAAAUGAAAUGAAUGAGAGAAAUGAAGAGCUGAAGGAGAGCAAUCAAGAAAAGAUGGAGAAAAAUAAAGAAGUGAGGGAGAAGAAGAGAGAAUUUGAAGGAAAAUACAAUGAACUGACAGAGAAGGUCAGAGAAAUGGAAGAGGAAAAGAAGGAAAUAGAGAGCAGAAAAGCUACUCUGGAAGAGAGGGAUAAAGAACUUGAGGCAAAGAAAGAGAUGGAGACAGAGAAGACAGGAACUGACUCCACAAAGUCAAAAAAGAAAGAAAAGAAGAAGAAGAAGAGUUUCUGGAGCUGGCUGCUCAGAAAGUAGAGUGACAGCAAUGUGAGAGUGAAAGAGGAAGCUCCUUGUUGUUCAGGCAGGACAACAGCUGCUCCUUCUACCUCCACCCUCCCUCCAUCUUCCUUCUGACCACAUUCUUUCAGCCUUCCUCCAUCUCAAUCAUCCUCACUUCUCCAACCUCACCCCUCUAUUCUCCACCCUCCAUCCAUGACCCCUCCACCCCUCUGUCCCUAGUCCCCCUCCCUUCGGGGGCAGCAUGGUGCCACAGUGACUAGUACUGCAGCCUCACAGGAGCCCCUCCAAGUCCAUCUGUCAUCUGGGUGUUUCUGCGUGGAGUUAUGUCCCCAGAAUGUGUCACAUGCUGAAGUGUCCUUGAGCAAGACACUGAACCCCCAGUUGCUCCCAGUGCGUGGCGCUGGUGUGUGAAUGUGUGUGUGUGUUUGUGUGUGUGAAU